AUGUCGAUUGGUGCAUCUCUUGUUGGGUUUCACACAUCAAUAAGGCCUGUGAUUGUAGUUGAUGGGACGUUUUUGAAAGCAAAGUACUUAGGGACUUUAUUUAUUGCAGCGUGUAAAGAUGGCAACAAUCAGAUAUGCCCUUUAGCCUUUGGGAUUGGUGAUUCAGAAAAUGAUGCCUCAUGGGAGUGGUUUUUACAAAAACUGCAUGAUGCACUUGGACACAUUGAUGAUUUGUUUGUGAUAUCAGAUCGACAUGGUAGCAUUGAAAAAGCAGUACAUAAAGUAUUUCCCCAUGCGAGGCAUGGUGUCUGUACUUAUCACGUUGGACAAAAUUUGAAGACAAAGUUCAAGAAUCCUACAAUUCAUAAGUUGUUCCAUGAUGCUGCCCAUGCUUAUCAUGUUUCAGAGUUUAAUUUUAUAUUUGGGCAACUAGAGAUGAUUGACCCAAGAGCAGCAAGAUAUUUGAUGGAUAUAGGUGUUGAUCGAUGGGCACAUUCAUAUUCUACCAGAAAAAGAUAUAAUAUCAUGACGACAGGGAUCGUUGAAAGCCUUAAUGCUGUGUUGAAAAAUGCUAGAGAUCUUCCAGUUUUGCAAUUGGUUGAAGAAUUGAGAAACUUACUUCAAAAAUGGUUUGUGACUCGUCAACAACAAGCAAUGUCAAUGUCAACUGAACUUACCAUGUGGGCUGAUGGAGAACUUCAUUCGAGGUAUAAUAUGUCAGCAACAUAUCUAGUGGAACCUAUCAACUCCAAGGAGUGUAAUGUUAACUAUGCUGACAUUAGUGCUCAAGUGAAUUUAGACACUCGUUCAUGCACAUGUCGACAAUUUGAUCUUGAUCAUAUUCCAUGUGCACAUGUUAUUGCUGCUUGUAGAUUUUACAACAUUUCAUGUUACACUUUGUGCUCCAAGUAUUUUACUACUAAAGCAUUGUUAUCUUCAUAUUCAAAGUGUAUUUAUCCAACUGGAAAUGAAAUAGAUUGGGUAGUACCUAAUCAUAUUCGUGACAAAGUUGUGUUACCACCUAAAACGAGACGUCCAACAGGAAGACCAAGGAAAGUAAGAAUUUCUUCUGGUGGAGAGGGCAAGCACACAUCUCGUUGUAGUCGAUAUGGUCAAUAUGGGCAUAAUCGGAAAACAUGCAAACGACCAAUCCCUUGA